AUGCAAAUUUUACCCAUUUUUCAUACAAAUCCAUGUAAUUUUUAUACCUUUGCUCCUGGUGCAAAGCGUAGAGAUCAGAAUUCAGUAUCUUGCAGUGAAGAAAGGCGGCCCAACAAAUUGCAUCUCAUUCUAGAUAUGGCAGACGUCGUCGUUGAACAAUUCAAUAAGGGAGGAAUCCUUGCUGAAGGACCAUUUUAUGAUGCUUCUGCUAAUAAAUUGGCUUGGGUUGAUAUUUAUGGUCAAAGUGUCCAUUUUACCGACUUAGUCACUAAAGAAGAUGAAGUCCACAACUUUGAUGCUCGCCCUGGUGCCAUUGUUAAGAGAAUAAAUCAUAAGGACUGCUGGAUAAUUAACUUGGAGAAUAAGAUCGUCUCAUACAAUGAUAAG